AUGCACAGCGAGAGGAAGGAAGUAAAACUAGCUGGUAGUUGUGAGAUGGAGGAUCUGAUUAGUAACGCUUAGUAUGUUAUUGUUUAAGUCUACCCUUACGAAGUGGUAAAUCAGCAUUUCAGUAGUUUUGUUGAAAACUCAAAGGAGUUUUAAGAGACAAGGGAAUAGCUGACAAGAAUAGGUUCCAAUCUUCGAUUAAAAGUAGACGAUUGGCCAACAAUCGAUGAGGCGAAAAUGUUAUUCUAAAUAAACAUGUAUAGGAUUUAAUCAUCAUAAAAAAGUUAGAAUGCAAGGAGAAGAAGUGUAAAAUGGAAUGAUUAAGAUAAAAGAUUAUUUUAUUGGGUGGUUAUCAGAUAUUGUUUAUUAAAAGAAAUCAAUUAACUUGUAAUUAAAAUUAUUCUUAAAACUAAGACACCUAUUGAAUGGAGAGACAUAGCUAAAAUGAUAAUAGGGAGGAAUGCUCAUCAAUGUAGAUUGAAGUGGGAAUAGAAAUAUAAAAUUUCGCUCUCAGAGGCCCCAUGGGUAGAAGAGGAGGAUUAAUUACUGUAACAAGUGCAUGAUAGAUUGGGAAAGGAAAACAAAUGGUCAUAGAUAGCUAGGGAAAUGUACAAGAGAUCCCCCAAUAAAAUCUUCAGAUAACCGAAACAAUGUAGAGAGAGGUGGAUUAAUAGGUUGGAUCCCAAUAUUUGCAAUGAACCAUGGUCGAAGUAAUAAGAAAUAGAUUUAUUAAAAACCAUUUUGAUAAGAGGAAAGAAAUGGUCCGAGUUGUCUGCUCUUUAUGGGAGAGUGAGAACAGAGAAUUCUUUAAAGAAUAAAUACAACUCCCUUUUAAAAAAAGAGAAAUUAAAAUAUGAAUUUGAAACGAUUAAUCCAUAAUUAUUUUCAAAAGUGCAAAAGUUAAGGAUGGACUAUGCUAAUAAAUACGGUAAAAUAACUCCAAUUGAAGAAAUUGAUAAUUAUGAAUGGUAGUUUAUAGUAUUAGGAAUAUAAAGUUUAUAUAUUGAUUUGUGUAUUUCAGAGGGUAAGUAUGAGGAGGCAUAAAAAAUAAAGAAUGAUGAUUUUUUUGAUUUAUUUCAUUAUGAUUUAAGUUCUAGCAACAAAAGUGAGAUUUUAUACAAAAAAUUAUUGAACAUCAAAAGAGUGAAUAGUAAUCAAUUUUCGGUAGAAAAUGAUAGGUCUGGAGUUGUUGUCUUUAACAAAAGAACUAAGAAAUUAUUCAUUUCUCCAUUUAACACAUUGGAUUAUCAAGGAUUAAUAUUGAAGCAUAUCUAUAAGUAAAUAAAAACGGAGGAAAAUAACAACAGUAAAUGUUCAACUCUAGCUCAAUCUGAUCAUAAUAUGUUUAUGAUGCAAAAGUCCAUAGAUGAUAUCAAUAGACAAAGUACAAUGCAACCAUUAUUAUUAUUGGCUAACCAGCCAUCAUUUAUGAUGCCUUUGGGAUAGAGCAUGAUAAAUAGUUAUUGGUUGCCACCUGUACUACCAUGCAUGUCUUAAUCUAUAGGGGGAUAUCAGCAUUAACAAAAGAAUAUACAAGAACAGGUGGCAUAGACAAUUAAAGAAAUCAAUAAACCAGCAAGUUUUGAUGAUUUAUUCGGCAACGAUAUCAAAGUUGUCGAUUCUGAUGGAGAAAAAUGA